GCUGUUUAAUGACGUCAUAAACCCGUGUCGGGUGACCGUGAGGGUUUUUGGUGAGCGUGUUAAAAGACGAACGAGGUUAAAAGAACAAAAAAUGAUUAAUUUAGCGGUGCUGGUUCACAGCCUGAGGUGCUCUUUGUUACGAGCUGAAAGCAGGUUUCUGCAGGCAGCUGGACUGGGACCAACACCACAACUGGCUCCAGCUCUGGCCGUGAACGGCCCGAGCCUCCUGCCUCAGACCGACCAAGAGCAUGAGCCGGAGGAGGAGCCGACCCUCCUGGACAGCAUCUUGUGGAUGGCCGCCCCCAAAAAGAGACGCUCCAUCGAGGUCAACCGCACCAGGAGGAGAAGUGAAGCAAAACUUAUAAAAUUGAAG